AUAUAGCUUAGCCUGGCGCUUCUUUUUCUUCCACGGUGUUUGUCGUUCGAUUCGCUCCCUAUCGGCUGCCCUGCACUCGUCACCAUUUAACACACCGGAACUAUGACGCGACCUCAAAUGAUUCGGGCCGGUAGGUGCUGCUGUCGAUUGAGACUGUGGAAGACCGAAGGGGUAGUCGGCGUGUUGCUGACUGAAGCAUGGUAGAUACGCUCGAUCUCCAAAACCAAAAGUCACCAUCUGCCCAAGAUCACUCACGACAGCCGACGCAGCCAGCGCCUCUAGGAACCGGCCGGCCUGCGCCUCAUCAGGAGAAGUCUCUUCAGCGUGCUGAGAAAGACUCACAGGUCGAGAUUCUGCCCGGAUCGGAUGAUGAGAACGAGGAGGAGCGUCCAGAUGGCAUAGAUAUCUAUGACGAGCCAGACGAGUUAGAGGCUGAUACCGGGGAAAAUGAUGGUCGCGAUUCUCAGUACGAGAACGAGAACCUUACUACUGAAGAAGGCGAUCUUGCCGACGGUGAAUGCGACGACCUCAUGGACGAUGAUAUGAUGGACAAGAUCUCCAGCUCACCAUCAAUCGAUGACGAGGACAUUGAUUUCGAAUUUGUUUAUGCGCUUCACAACUUUGUCGCGACGGUUGAAGGGCAGGCAAAUGCGGCAAAGGGAGAUACCAUGGUCCUUCUUGACGAUAGUAAUAGCUACUGGUGGCUUGUACGUGUCGUAAAGGAUGGCAGUAUUGGUUAUUUGCCUGCCGAGCAUAUUGAAACACCAACUGAGAGACUGGCAAGAUUGAACAAACACCGGAACAUUGAUCUUUCGGCCACAAUGCUCGGUGAUAACCCGGAAAAAUCAAAGAACCCUUUGAAAAAGGCGAUGCGUCGAAGGAAUGCGAAAACGGUGACAUUCACAUCACCAACAUACAUUGAAGCAUCGGAUGUUGAAUACUCCUCGGACGAGGAACUUGAAGGCCAUGACUAUUUCAACGACGACGAUGACGAAGUCCAAGAGGACCAGGAUGCUCAUGAGAGUCAGGACGAGAAUAUCGUGGUUGAGCCUCUGAGGCCUAAGCCUCUUCGAGAAAAACAGACCGAGGAACUGGAGACCAUUGAAACUCAAGAUUCCGAUAGUGCAGGCGCCGAGAGAACUAGUGAGGAGAUCUUUGAAUCGCCAACGGAACCUACAGUUAGCAGAUCCAGAAAUGGCACUGUGAGAAACACAGACUCUUUCUUCAAGGAUGAUACAGUCGAGACUAAAAAAAUCUCUUUGACUCCGAACCUUCUGCGUGAUGAAGUCAGCAGCGGCUCACUUGCUAAUGAUGCAAGAGAGGUAAAGGCCCUUUCUCACUAUCCGGUUUCGAGAAGCAAUACUGACCGGUCCUUCCAGGGCCGUGGAAGUUUCGAGACUGGUGAAAAAGGUCUUAAUUUUAACGACCGGCUCAAAGAAGACAAGAAACGCAAAGACAAGAAAUCGGGGAUGCUCAGCGGGCUUUUCAAACGCAAAGACAAGAAGAGCAAGACUGCCGAUGAUGAGACCGAAGAGCCUACGGAGAGACUUUCAAGCGAUACCCUUGUUUCCCAGCCCAAAACCUCACUGGAUUCCCUGUCCCAGGAGACGCGAAAUGCGAAAUCCUCGGCGCCUCAACGCCAAUCCAGCAAAUUACAGAAACAGGCACCAGGAGAUAAAUCGCUUUCCAAAUCUGAUUCACAGCCAGAAUCAGCAGUCUCGCCUAUCGAGGCAGUCGGGAAUACGGCUUCGAUUCCGGAGCCGAAUGCUGACCAUUCAAUCCGCCGAGUCAUGUCUCAAGAAACUGAUGGUAGUUCAGAAUCCCCUCGAAUGCGGACCUCUGUUGACGAGGUUCUCGAGACGGCGGCUGUUGCUGAUCGGAGGAGUCUUAUAAAAACUCGCUCUUCGUCCUCUUCAGACUCCAAGGAGUCUCUUACCCAACCUACUGAGGAGAGCUCGAGUGAAAUGGCAAAUAGGCCUCGUCAGGAUUCGUUUGAACAGCCAGCAUUAUCCCAGCCCUCUGUGGCAUCUCCACCGGAGAGGUUUCAGCCCCAGAUCAAUUUGGGGUAUCAGGGUCGUGGCUCCGACUCCACAGCUCCUGUAUCACCUUUGGAACCUCAUGGGCCCAGUGGGCUCCCAGGAUUGGUGCUUGAUAACUCCUCGCAGGAAGAGCGCUCUAUAUCACCCAUUUCCCCACCGCUGUCUCCAGACGCGGCCAACAGCAUCACGAAACUACGUGGUGAUACCCCUGCAUCUGCUACAUCCGUUUCGGCUAGAGUUCCCAGUUGGAACGAUGCGAGCCUCCGGUCGUACCUGGACGAUGAGAAUGAUAUCCGUGAUCUAUUUAUCAUUGUGCACGACAAGUCGAACGUUCCGCCUGCAGGCCCCGAUCAUCCAAUCAGUGGCAGUCUCUUCAAGGAGGAGACCAAACGAUUGACAGAAAUGACAGGCCAGCUUGACGAGAUGCUUGUUGACUGGCUAUCGCGGAAGCUUCAACACGGUCGUCGACUUAACCGGAAUUCCAAGUCGUGAGAAUCUCUCUGGGCUCUAGUUUCAGAAACCGGUGGGAUAUGACGAGAAACGAUUAUUUUUCUUUUGGCCUCGAGAAACUUAGGGGGGGAAAUCUUCUCAAAUGCAUGUGCCGGACGCAUAAUUCCGAGCUGGUCUUGUUACACUCCUUGCCUUCUUCUUUCUCCAUCUUUUGCUUUUGCCCGACCCU